AGCAGCAGAGAGUCCACAGCGCUGGGAUUGGAGAGGACUGGCUCUGCCCCUGGUUCCUCACGAUAAGGGAGGCAGUGAACACACACACACACAGCUCUUUAACUCAGCAUCAGACCAGUGAGAGAGGGAGAGGGAGAGGGAGACACACACACUCACUAACACACACACUCUACCCCCAAAUCUCCAGCUCUGCUCAGAGAAAGAAGCAGCAGAGACACACACAAAAGCAUUCUUGGCUUUCAGUUUAAGGGAAGAAGAAAAAAGUUAACAAUACGCCUGGUGAGAUCUUUUUACUUGAGAUAGAAAUAGAAGGGGAAAGGCGUGACACGACUCAGACUCGUCGGGUUUAGUGAGGAUCGUUGGUGAGGAUCUCUACAUCAGGAGAAAAGUGGACAGAAACAGCAUGCGAGCAGCGAUGAGGAUCACGUGGCUGCUGCUUUCUCUCAGCUUCCUAUUCAACAGCGUCUGUUCAAAUAGCACUGCCACUUCUGUGACAAAGAAAACUCCUGUGACAUCGCCCGAGCCAACUACAGUUAAACCAUCUAAGACGGUGGCAACUCCUGCCAGUAAGACGGGCGGUACUGUUGGUGGCCCAACUGGAGCCACCAACCUCUGCGCAGGCACCAACGACUGUAAACCAACUACUGCAGCCAUUGUGACGCCUGUUACAUUCAAACCUACAGACAAGCCAACCCCCACCCCAACACAACCACCAGCACCAACCACUGUGGCCUCUACGACGAAGGAAGCCACCACCAUCGCAGCAAAUACCAUUAACACAGCAAAUACCACCACCCCAGCACAGACCACCACCCCAGCACAGACCACCACCCCAGCACAGACCACCACCCCAGCACAGACCCCCACCCUAGCAAAUACCAUCACCCCAGCACAGACCACCACCCCAGCACAGACCCCCACCCCAGCACAGACCCCCACCCCAGCACAGACCACCACCCCAGCACAGACCACCAUCUCAGCAGUAACUAAAGCCAGUAAAACCUCCGGGACUCCAGCUCCUGCUACUCCUUCCGAAAACUCGGGGACAACCGAGAUUGCAAAAGUCUCGACGAACUCCACGUCGACGGGGCAGCAGGCCACGACUCAGAGCACCUUCACCACCAGCGGCAAAGCCGGUGCUGGUAAACCUACAGUGACGACUACAAGCCAUGAAGGGACAUCAUCAUCAUCAUCAUCAUCAUCAUCAUCAUCAUCAUCAUCAUCAUCAUCAUCAUCAUCAUCAUCAAAGGCCACAGAUCUAGCAGGAAACACAGGCACCACCAGGGCCUCCUCCACCCUGACGGAGAACAUCCUGUCUACAGGAGUCACCACUGGGACUAUUGCUACAACCACAUCCCCGCAAACCACCAUCUCCACCAUCUCCACCACCUCCACCAUCUCCACCAUCUCCACCACCACCACCACGGCAGCAGCUCCAGCUAAUGUGUUUUCGUAUUCGCUAAACCAAGGGACACGAGGUAGAUUUAGCUUUAUUUUGAGUUUUCAAUCUGUUACAUGCAUCAGACUGUUUCUAUUCCCGCAAACAAUACAUGUGAUAAUAAACACAGUUCCUGCUCUGACUCUCUUCAGGCCUCUGCUAUUUUACCUUCAGAAACACAAGGAAAAAGAACUGGUGGAGGUGUGCAAGCGGCUGAUGGUGAACUUGAUAGAUGGAAACUGCACGCUGUCAUGGAAGUACCACAACAACAAAAGAUUACUGUUCGAUGUGGAGAUAUACGGCAAAGGUAAAGCCAAACUUGCAAACCAGUAAUAUGAAGAGAUCACCAAGAAACACAACAGAUAACAAACUCUGAUAGCCAUCCUGGCAUCCUGUGGAGCUCUGCUCAUCAUGAUCGUCAUCCUCGCCUGUUUGUGCGACAACCAUCGCAAGCCGUACAACGAGAACCAGCAGCACCUGACGGAGGAGUUGCACACGGUGGAGAACGGAUACCACGAUAACCCGACGCUGGAUGUGAUGGAGAUUCAUCCAGAGAUGCAGGAGAAGAAGAUGGCGCUGAACGGAGAGUUCAACGACAGCUGGAUCGUCCCCAUAGACAACAUGCUGAACAUCGCCGGCGAGGAGGACACUCACCUGUAGAGACGAAGGAACAAAAACAAAACUAUCCACACUUCCUGCUCCAUGCCGACCUUUUCCCUAAAUCCUGGGAAUGCUGUCCCUGUAGAGAAGACAUUUCUGUUCUGAAGACUGAAGAACAACCCAAUUGUAAUGAAGACCGUCUGUUAUAUAUUUUUUUACUGUAGUGAGCAAACAAAAAGGAUACAAAUCAAGCAUGACUGAAAUUGCACGCAGUGGCCUUCAAAACCUAUGUUUGAAUAAUCAAGUAAAUUAAUCACGGUUGUGCCUAAUCCGGAUAUUUAUAUAAAUAAGUGACUUUCUACAUCAUUACUCAUUCAGAAAAAGCUCCAAACUACAAGAGGAGUGUGCUUUCGUACACAUGCCACUGUAAAUAAAGUGUUUUAAUGUUAUUUUGAGAGGGAAUAAGAGUCAAGGAGAUGCUUAAGUUCAUCUCGAGAUACUACCAACUUAGAUAUAGAUGACUUCAGGAUACUGCAAGCAUCCUGGUAAAUUCCACUUAUGUGUUUGGCACUGGUGCACAAUCAUAAAGACAGAUGUCUAAAGGACACUACUUAUAGGGUUUAUAGAAGAAAUAAGACAAAUUGAGGGUUUUAUCCAAAAUGGCACAUAAGGUUAGUGUAUUUUUUUCCGUGAUAUGUGACCCUUGUGGGGAAUAAUUUGCCCUGCAUGUCCCUCCUUCGCCCCUCUGACGCAGCUGACCAGCUUGAGCAGCCGGUAUCUUCCAUAGGAGGGGCUGCCCUAGCAUUGAUGUUGCCAGUGAUGACCGGGCAACUCUCUGUCGGAGAUAGUUAUGGUUGUGGGACACAUCCUUCUCGGGGUGUAGAUGACCCCCCGAGCCAAUAAGUGACAACAACUGUGAUCAGUGUCCCAAGUUUCCCCCACAACCCUGACUUUUAAAGUGGACCUAUCAUGCUAUAUUUGAAUAAUAUAGUGUAGGACCAUACCUAUAUAAGGCAUAUUUUUUUUCAAAAUACCAAACAGAUCAUGCAUUUUAGCCAUGCCUCAUUUUGCUCAAUUUGACAUUUUUUUAGAUC